UCAUUCAAUCCUCAAUGGGAGAAGCUACACUCCCCUUAACAAAAUCAGAUGCAGCAACCCUAGCUCCUCUAACACCACCACCACCUCCGCCAUCGUCAUCACUGCCUCCACCUCCAACGCGACCGAUGAAAAACUCCAGCCCUAACCGUAACCGUACCAACACUUCGAUCGCCAUCGUAUCCUACCUCAUCUCCCUCCCUCUCCUUUGCUACGGCAUGUGGCUACUCUUCACCAAGGACUACAACUGUCAAGACUCUCUCAAUAUGCCUCAUCUUCGCGAGGCUAUCGGCAUUGGCCUCAUCGUUACAUUCAUUAUAAGUUGUUUCGUCACACAUUACGAAGCGAAAGUUGUGCUCCCGGGAGCUUUGACGUUGGCUAUAGCUUUGCUCACUAUGAUGACAUUUGGGAUACUUCUCAUAGGGAGUUAUUCGAUGGAGAGUAGAGAGAUACCGGCGUCUCCGUUGUGGAUCAAGAGUAGGAUUGAUCGGAUUGAGAUAUGGGAUAAUGUGAAGUCUUGCAUUUAUAAUUCCAUGACUUGUCCCGAUCUUGCUUAUGGUACGAUUCAGCUCUCGCCUGAUGAUUUCAACCGCAAAAAGUUGUCGGCAAUUGAGUUUGGAUGCUGCAAACCUCCAAGUAUUUGCAGAAUGGAGUAUGUUAAUGCAACUUAUUGGAAGCGACCAAAGGAAGAUGUUGCGACAUAUAAUACACCCCCUCCACCCCCUGGACUUCCAAUGACAAAUAUACCUUCAUCUCCUUCACUGAACUCAACGAUCAAUCCUCAUACUUACGGAGAUUGCCAAGCUUGGAGCAAUGAAAUCACACAACUCUGCUAUGAUUGCCAAUCUUGCAAACAAGGAUUUAUAUCUACCGUUCAUCAUAAAUGGAGGAUUCAUGGUAUUUUCAUGAUCACUAUGUCUGUGAUUCUUCUCUUGGUUCAUACUCCUCGGUUCAUUUUGACUAUGAUGCAAAGCAGUAGGAGCUAGCGGGCUUAAUUAUGAGCGAUAGAAGUUUCGAUGAUGUUUAUUUUCUAGAGAUUGUGACUUCUCCUCUUAAUCAGUGUUUAGUGUUUGCUAGUUUGUGUAGAAAUUGGAUUAUGCUAUUCUUUUCUUUAUUAAUUAAUUGGAUUAAGUGAACUAGCUAUUUGCCUCCUCUAUGUGCGUACAUGCAUGAAUACCAUAUAAAGCUUCUAUUAUCUUGGCACUUUUUGAUUGACUGUAUUUCCUUUAUA